CCCAUGUUAGGGUUGUUCAAAGUUCCAUCGGUAUUUAUUUCCUGAAAAGUGGCACGCCCACUCACAUUUGAGCGUGUGGUCGAGCUGGGUAGUAGUGCCUUCUUUCUUCUCCGAUACAGGCCUUAAACACACUUCAGCCGGUUACUGCAAUGGGGAAAAACGAGAUCAGAACUCAGGAUGUAGGCGAAAAACUGCGUUCAGUCUGGCAAAAGGUUAAGAGGUUUUUCUGUGUAAAAUGGGCAAAUUUAAAGGCGGCCUUUGCGGGAAGACAGAAAAUAAAGGCAAAGCUGCUGGUCACUGAAGCAAAUGAUGACCUUGACCUUGAUGAUGAGAGCAAAGACGUGGUGGGAACCAACAUGGUUUUGUCAGUUACAUUUGAGUGUCAAGAAGAACACGAGUGGAUACGAAGACAGUUCAGCACUUCAUUUAAGUCAUCGCGCGGUUCCAGGGACGAGUUCCUCAAUCAGCUGAUCCAGCUUCACAGUGCAUACGGAGUUCAGGUGCAGCAAAUCUACACUAAAGCUGACAAAGCAGACAUCGCAGCAUCAACUGUCGGGCUUAUAUCCUCCAUGUUGGGCUUCGUUGGUUUUGGAUUGACCUUUGCCACCUUUGGAACGAGUCUGAUCAUCUCGCUGGCGGGUGCUGCUGUAGGUGUUGUGUCAGGCUGUGCCUCCUUUGCUAUUCACCGAAAAAGAAUGGCAGCCAAAAAGGAAAUGUGGAAACAGAUCAAAGCCAAGACUGACCAAUUCAACCAGGAAAACGAAAGUCUUUUACACAUACUUUCGGAGGCUGAAUAUUUUGGUUUGGUUACAUCGGGUGUCUCGGGAAUGAUUGAGGGGCCAAUACAAGUUGGGCUGGGGGCACUUCAAGUGGCCAAGAGUGAGGAAUUUCUUCCUUUUGUUGCCGAUGUUGGGGCGACCUCUGCUAAAGCAUAUAAGGGUCUGACAGCUGGAGGUAAAGUGUUGUUCUAUGGUGGCUUUGUCUUCAAUGUUGUGUCUGCAGUUAUAGACGCCUGUACAAUCGUCAACAACUCUAAGCGACUUAUUAAAGGCGACCUGUGCGACCAGGCCCAGGCACAUAACGACAUAGCUCGUGUCUAUCAACAGUUACGUGAUUCGGGAGAAUCUGCUCAGGAGUGCUUGCUGUAAAUGACCGAUUAAACACAAGAGGAUACAUUUAACACGAAGUGAAAAGGGUCUGGAUGGACAUUUUCUCAACAUAUGUAACAAUUCUGGGACUUUUGUUGGAGGCAGUAUAUUUUUUAGUCAGUCGGGAACAAAUAGUUGGUACACACCCCACACCUAACCAAGAGGAAGGACCACUUAUGCUCGUGGUCUGUCAGCACUAUUCCCGUGUAUUUUAGACCUGCAUUCCUUUGCAUUUUGAUCUUUCCGUCCACCUCAAGCUGACACCAUAACAAACUGAACUACUUUGGCACCCAAUCUUGUCCACGGUAUUCUGGACAAUCUUUCUAGUUCAGAACACAGACGAGCCUAGCCAUGGAUUGAGCGGGGGUGGAAAAAAAACCCUGUAAAAACUGCAUAUGUUACUCGGCAAAUAAAUUGGGAAUAUGAAGCUAUAUUACUUUGUUUGAUCAUCUGGCCUCACAUUUAUUUUCUUUGCUUAGUUUACGGAUCCGUCGACUUAAAAAUAACAAAUUCAGAUCACGUUUUACGAUGCCGAUGGUAAAGUUCGCUUUGACAAUAAACAAUCAAAGGAAGUUUUAUGACUAAAACAGAAAUUGUUCAACGAUAAAUCACCGUUUUGUUUAUCACUUUACCGAUUCAAGUUAAACUUUAAGAUGAUGAAAACACUCCCGUACAGUGCUUUUUAUUUUAAUUUAUUAUUCGACCUAUCGGCCAAAGGUUUCACAAACGAAAUCCGUAAAUCAAAAAGGAAGUCUGGCCUUACCUAACGUUGCAGUCAACAAUAACCCAGCUAUAUAAAAGAUGUCUGUAUAUGGGCCUACAGAGGUUGGUUGCAUGACCAACAGGCCCUUGAAGAUCCGGGGUAGAAAAGGUCUUCAGCAACCCAUGCU